UCAUCAUCAGUUAGUUAGUUAGUCAGUUAUACGGUGAAGCAUUUAAAUUACCUGACCGACGCGUAAAGAUAACUGUAUAUAUAUGUAAACAAAUAUUAUUAUUUAAUCAUUAUUGUCGUUUAUUUUCAUAACCUUACUUUUGUUUUCUUUCUUUUUUUUUGUCGUCAUUUCUACAAUCGCACAUUUUAAAACAAUACAGACAAGGAAUAUAUUAUUACUAACACUUUCAUUAUUAUUAUUAUUAUUACUAUUAUUAUAAUAUUGUAAUUAACAACCUACAGUCAAUCAGUCAGUCAAUCAUGGAUUAUAUUGAACAAUUCUCUAAAAUCGAUAAAAAUCGAGAUGGAAUCAUUACAAGACGGGACUUAUUUAAAUAUGCUUUAAGUAUUGGUGAAGAUAUGUCUAUGGUAGAUAGAUGGUUACAACUUUUCGAUACCAAUGAUAAAGGUGUGAUCACUAUAGAAGAUGUCAGUCGGACGUUGGGUGUCGCCCCGCCAAAAUUCUAUGAUGAACGACACAAUCGAAGACUUAGUGGAAAAUAUGAUUCAGGCAAUGAUUUCUUUCAACAAGCAGCAGCUCAAUUCCGGUCAACAGAAGAUAUGACCAGUCGUCAUCACCAGUCGUCUUCAAGAUCAGGAUCACCCGGUAGACUGUCACUGCAACAACGUAGUUAUUCAUCAGAAAAUGUUAUCUCAAAUUACAAUAGUGUACUAUCUCGAGAUUAUUGGGAUCCAGACGAUGAACCGAUGUAUAUUCAACAUUCAUAUGAUAAAUUAGAAGAAAAAUUAAAUCAACUGGUUAGAACAGCAGUGAAACGACAAAUUGACUUUCAGACAAUACCACAGUUUAUAGCAUUAGCUUUGGAAAAAGAAUACGGUCGAAAUUGGCAAGUGAUUGUUGGUCCGUGUAAAGUUGGUUGUGCUGUAGCCCAUCUGCUUGGACGAUUUGCUACUGCCCAAUGUGAAUCAUGUCAUGUAUUGGCUUUUCAAACAUUAGAUUUGUAAAUUUUUUUAUUCUAAUUUAUAUAAUUUCUCUGUUUUUUUUAAUUUUGCAAUCUAUUCACAACACCCACAAUCUGUAUUGUAUACUUUAUUGUUAGUUUACAAUUAUUACUAAUAUUUUAAAUAAAU